AUGUGGUGCCCCAGCAUGCCUUGUGCUGCUAAUGCCACACAUACCAUUCAUCUGCCCUGGAGAGUGGAGCCUGUCUCUAGGGGCACCAAUGCCUCUGCUCUGGAAAAAGACAUUGGCCCAGAGCAGUUUCCAAUCAAUGAACACUACUUUGGAUUGGUCAAUUUUGGGAACACCUGCUACUGUAACUCCGUGCUGCAGGCAUUGUAUUUUUGCCGGCCAUUUCGGGAAAAUGUAUUAUCAUACAAGGCCCAACAGAAAAAGAAGGAAAACCUCUUGACUUGCCUGGCAGAUCUUUUCCACAGUAUUGCUACUCAGAAGAAAAAAGUUGGAGUUAUUCCACCAAAGAAGUUCAUAUCAAGGUUACGAAAAGAGAAUGAUCUCUUUGACAACUACAUGCAGCAGGAUGCACAUGAGUUUUUAAAUUACCUGCUCAACACCAUUGCAGACAUUUUGCAAGAGGAGAAGAAACAGGAAAAGCAAAAUGGGAAACUGAAAAAUGGCAACAUGAAUGAAGCUGAAGAGAACAAUAAACAAGAACUCACCUGGGUGCAUGAGAUUUUUCAGGGAACACUGACUAACGAAACUAGAUGUUUGAACUGUGAAACCGUCAGUAGCAAAGAUGAAGAUUUUCUUGACCUUUCUGUUGAUGUGGAGCAGAACACAUCGAUUACACACUGUCUAAGAGAUUUCAGUAACACAGAGACGCUGUGCAGCGAACAGAAAUACUACUGUGAAACUUGCUGCAGUAAGCAAGAGGCACAAAAGAGGAUGAGAGUGAAAAAACUGCCCAUGAUUCUUGCCUUGCACCUCAAGAGAUUCAAGUACAUGGAGCAGUUGCACAGGUACACGAAGCUAUCUUACCGGGUAGUGUUUCCUCUGGAGUUACGGCUCUUCAACACAUCCGGCGAUGCCGUCAACCUGGAUCGGAUGUACGACUUGGUAGCUGUUGUUGUUCACUGUGGAAGUGGACCGAAUCGGGGGCAUUACAUUACUAUUGUGAAAAGUCAUGGAUUUUGGCUCUUGUUUGAUGAUGACAUUGUAGAGAAAAUAGAUGCUCAAGCUAUUGAAGAAUUCUAUGGUCUGACCUCUGAUAUAUCAAAAAAUUCAGAAUCUGGCUAUAUUUUAUUCUAUCAGUCAAGAGAGUGACUUGGCAAACUCUGAUAAUUGCACACAAAGAUGCUGCACGCAAAAGAAGGUGAUGGCUCCCCUGAACUGACUUCUACACAGACCACAUCUCAGGUGGUUGAACAACAAUAGUGUCUCCUAUUCAGUGGUCCAUGUGAUGUUGACUAUAACUGUCCAUUUUUG